AUGGCAACUCCUGGGAUUCGCAUGUUCCGAAAGUUAGAGGGUUUGUUUUGUGUCUACAAACCGGCUGGUAUCCGGUGGAAGCUCGUGAGGGACACUAUCGAGACCAAGCUCCUAGAAGGUUUGAAUGCGUUGCCAUCGCUGCCUCUUCCUGUGCAAACCCGUUUUUUGGCACCAUCGGGCGAUGACACCGUGACGCAAAAGGGGCUAACAGUUGUCAGCGUCCCGGUCCUGUUCAAUCAUCCUCUGGUGACUGGGCCAGAAUUUCAGCAGAUCCGUGUUGGAGUUGGACAUCGUUUGGAUACAUUUUCCUCUGGUGUAAUGGUUCUUGGUGUUGGGAAUGGAAACAAGGCUCUGAAUGACCUCUACUACACAAAAGUAACAAGGGACUAUACGUUGGAGUGCGAGCUUGGUACUGCGACACAUGAUUUCUCCCACAAGGGACGGGUUGUGGAAAGAUCCACCUAUGAUCAUAUUACUGAAGAUAAGCUGGAAAGAGUUUUGGCAAUGCUGCAGGGAGCAAAUCAAAAGGCUUUGUUAACGUAUGCCAAUGUAGACAUGCAGUCACAGGAAGCCUACGAGAUGGCUGUGCAAGGUUCACUGGGUCCAGAGGGGAAGUCGCCACCUAUUUUGACGGGCCUGAGGUGCAUUCGCUUCCAGCCGCCCAACUUCACUCUGGAGGUACGGUGCUUGAAUGAAACGCAGAAAUACCUGCGCAAAGUGGUACACGAGAUUGGCCUGGAACUGCGAAGCACGGCUAUUUGUAAGGGAGUUCGACGCACAAGAGACGGCUCCUUCACACUGCAGGAUGCCCUUACUCGGAACCAGUGGACACCCAUUGAGGUCAUGCGUGCAGUCCGAGAAAACCACUCUGCUAAAAAAAACAGACCAUCCCAUCCACCUAGGACUGUGAUUACAAUCAAAAGUGAACAAAAGCACGCGGACAGAGAAGAAGUACAUUCAAGUGAAGGAACAUGA